AUGCACAUAAAGCCGCUGGAAAGCCGCGAGAGCCAUCGCAACAGCUGCGCAGUUCCCACCCGCAACCUUCACGAUGCCGUGUGGGAAGUCUCUGCAGGUGCCAACGACGCAGGUGACGCGAUUCUUCACUCCGUACGUUAUGCCAAGGCCAGCGAGCGCGACCAUACCAGUGCCGGCAAAUCAGGGCAACAGCCUCGCAGUGGCAAUCGCGCCGCAGCAGCAGCAGCAGCAGCAGCUGUCACCGCCUACAGUCUUUAG